GCUCCAGUCAACACUGCAGGCCCCACCCUUUGUGUUGCUUACCGCCAGUCAAUCAAAAUAGAAAAAAAAAAUCUUGACAGUUAUCACCUAUUUCUACGGGGCUACCGUCAAUACUAACCGCUAGCCAUGUCUGCUUGGGUGUAACUGUCCAAACUAUCCGCUUAACAGCAAGUCACGCAAUGACUGCGCAAGAACGUCCACUGAAAGCAGAGGAAAUGGCUGCUUUGGACGCGAACAGCAGUCACAGCGACUUUUUGCAACAUGAAGACGACAGGGGCAAUCAGACUACAGAUCAGACCUCUGCGCAGCUGACAGUGUCUGAUAAAUGGGAAGUGUUAACCCCCACCACAGCAGCAAAGGACGAUUCUGGGAUGAUGCAGAUCCAAGGCCAAGGAAUAUUAACGUCAAAUGGACAGUACGUUCUUCCUCUCCAGAACUUGCAAAGUCAGCCGAUCUUUGUGUCGUCGGGGAACGACGGCACCUCUGCCAAUUCAGUGCCUAACAUUCAGUACCAAGUCAUUCCUCAGAUUCAGACUGCAGACGGACAGCUGAGCUUCGCCACUGCGGGCAUGGAAGGAGCGACACUGAGUCAGGACGCCACAGGGCAAAUUCAGAUCUUGCCCGAUGGCAGCCAGAGUCUCAGUGUGACAUCAACAGCAAACAUCCUUACAAACAACCAGAGCCUCAUAUCACAGACUGGGAAUGUCCAGCAGAUGCAGGGGGUUUCUAUCGGAAGCUCCACCUUCAACAACCAGGGUCAGGUUGUUACUAAUGUGCCUGUGGGUUUGCCGGGGAACAUCACUUUUGUUCCGAUUAACAGUAUAGACUUGGACGCACUCGGCCUAUCGGGAGCCCAGACUAUAGCGACAGGAGUCACCGCUGAUGGCCAGUUAAUCAUGGCCAACCAACCUGGGACUGUGUCGGUGAACCAGGCGAAGACAGACGAUCACCUCUCAGAAACACUAACGGCAAAUGACGCAAAUGCUGAGCUCUUUGUGCCGACGUCUUCCUCCCAGCUACAGAACCCAUCCGGUGAAGCAAAUCUCCUGACACAGGACGCCUCGUUGUCAUCUGUGGCGACACAGCAGGCCAGCAUGACUGCCGGCCUCCCGGAAGGCUUCAUCCAACAGACUCAAGAGCAGAACAUCCAAGCGUCAUCUUCUCAGCCCAUUGUCCAGCUGCAGCAGGUGCCGCUGCAGACCAUCAACGGGCAGGUGGUCCAGUCGGUGGCCACAAGCGGCCAGGGUGUGCAAAAUCUGCAGCUGAUCAACCCCGGGACCUUUAUCAUCCAAGCCCAGACAGUUACCCCGUCAGGCCAGAUCCAGUGGCAGACCUUCCAGGUGCAAGGUGUGCAGAAUUUGCAAAACCUUCAGCUCCCCACCACUCAAGCCCAGCAGAUAACACUGGCACCAGUCCAGACCCUUUCACUGGGUUCCAGUCCGGUCAGCAUCAACACUGGGCAGAUCCCCAACCUGCAAACCGUGACGGUCAAUUCAGUGGCACAGCAGGAAGGACACACACUCCCAGGAGACAUCCGAAUAAAGGAGGAGCCGGACUCAGGAGAGUGGCAGCUCAGCUCAGACUCCACCCUAAACACCAGCGAUCUGUCCCACCUUCACGUCAGGCUGGUGGACGAGGAGGAGCAGCUGGGCCAGGAGGGCAGGAGGUUGCGCAGGGUGGCAUGCACUUGCCCAAACUGCAAAGAUUCUUCCGGAAGAGGAUCCGGUGUAGGGAAGAAGAAGCAGCACAUCUGCCACAUCGCAGGCUGCGGGAAAGUGUACGGAAAGACGUCACACCUGCGAGCACACCUGCGCUGGCAUUCAGGGGAGCGACCCUUCGUGUGCAGCUGGAUGUACUGCGGGAAGAGGUUCACACGCAGCGAUGAGCUGCAGAGACAUAGAAGAACACACACAGGCGAGAAGAAGUUUGUGUGCCCCGAAUGUUCCAAGCGCUUCAUGAGGAGCGACCACUUGGCCAAGCACAUCAAAACACACCAGAACAAAAAAGGCGUAAACUCUGUGAGCGCCGCGGUGACCUCCGUGGAGUCAGCGGGAUCCUCAGACAGCAUCAUCACCACGCCGGGCGGGACCACCCUCAUCCUCACCAACAUCCAACAAGGAUCCAACAACGCCCAGGACAUCUUGGCCAACGCUGAGAUCCCCUUGCAGCUCGUCACCACCUUAGCGGCCAGCGAAGUCAUGGAGUGAUUGGAUUGGACUAUCCCCUCACAGACUCGUCACAGCGUGUACUCCUACCUGCAUUUUUAUUCCAGUUUUUAAGACAAUAAAAAUAUGAAUAUAUAAAUAUAUUUUAACACGGAAAUAGUAAGUCCUGUCCACUCCGCAAUAGAGUGGAAGUACCAGUUUAAAAAGACAUUGCAGUAAUUCCACAUGGAAAUGCCUUAUUUUGUACAAUAUUGUGUAGUUGCAAGUAUAGGAUGUCCUCAAUCGACUUUGUUAUUGAUGUCUUUUUCACCUUUUCUUACCACUUUACGUCCCUUUCUCUGUGAGCACCGCCAAGCUAAUUUUACCCUGAUAAAAUACUUUUUUGAUGCAAAUGUAUUUAUGUUAUGUGAGGGUUUAUUUCUAUAUUAUGUAUUGUUUUUCCCCGGUGUAGUUUGUGUGCUUCCAACUUAGCAAGUCCUACAACCUUUUUUUUUUUUUUUUUUUUCCGAGGGUGAAAACAAUCAAAGCUUUUCUAUUGCGAUAUGUCCUCAGAAUGACCAACACGUCAUUGGAUCAUGAGCUAUUUUUGACUCCACAGAUGUAUUGGGCUCUACCGCAAAGCUCUUUAAAAAGCCUUCCCUAUAUCAAAAUGCAUUUUUCUAAAGACUUGGCGGUGAUAGUUGCCAAAUUUGCCUAGUAACUCAGGGUGAGGUUUGACCAAGCCGAGGGAAUCUCCCCUGUAUCGUCAUUUUUGGGGGGUAGCGAUGAUGGACCAAAAGCUGAGAAGAACAACAGCACUACCGUGAUAUUUGCGAUCAUUAAAUCAUUAAUCACAUUGAUUUAUUUUCUUAGUGUUAUUUUAAAUGAAGCGAAUCAUCCCAACAGUACAAUUCACAAUCAGUCUAAUGUAGGCGUCUCCAGAGUGUAAAUGUGAUAUUGAUUGUGGUACUUUUCAUUGUUUAACAGCACUGUGGUCAUCACUUGCGUCUUGUAGUGGAUCAUUGUUUGCGUCCCUGUUGGCAGACCUAUUUGUUAAUUUUUAUAAGUAUUGUUUUCCCCCAUUUUCAAUGUCCCUUUUUCCUUCUGACCCCUUCCCUAACUUUUAAAGGAAUAGGUGAUGUUAUGAAAUUAUUUUUGAUAUAUAUUGUCCUCUUCAGCAUCCACACAGCUUCUUGUGUACUUGACGUUUUUACUUAUUUAGACCGCUGUAUAAAACCUGUCUAUAAUGUCAUUAUAAAAAUUUCUGUUACAAUCCAAUUUCUUUUUUCCCCCAUUUUUUAUUCAGAAAAUGUUUUGUACACUUUUGUUGUACUGUCACCUUUCUUGCCAGGUGGUUCCAUCCCUACAGCCUCCGGUCCUUCGGUGGGGCCCAGCAGAUGUCACUACAGCCAAGGCAGCGGCACAUAAGGCCCCUCUGACACCCUGACCUUCCUCAUGUGGCAUUGAGAGACGAAGUCGCCGAGGCCAACAGGAUGUCCGCACCCUGUUUUGAAGUGCCUGAAGCAUACCAUGCUGUCGGAGGACGUACUAUGACUUUGAGUGUGACCCACCUUUCUGGAUGACCUUCUUUUCAGAUAACAGGUUUGUCAUACCAGGAUGCCGAUUCAACAGCAAGACCAAUGCAUAUGUGUGCCUUAGGCUGGCCACAGUAGAAGGAAUGGAAUCUACAAUGCACACACCUCUGGGACAAUCUGCAUGAAGCAUCAUGGUUUCUCCACGUGUAUAGUGUGCACUUUUCACCAGCAUGGAUGCCGCCUCGUUUUGGGUGUUUGCUCUCCUCUGACGGAAACGAAGGCGACGGAUAUCAAUAAAACGUAUUCUCGGCACUCACAAGCAGCGCAGUUGAAGCUGGAAAGACAAGGACUGAGGCGUGUCGUCUUUGGUGCAGCAUUCCCUGUCACUCUCUUGUCCUUGAUCAACUACACAGGGUAGACAACAGCACUGAUCAUUCGCCCACCCUCGUGCAAGGAAAACCCAGCAUGGGUCAACUCAAUAACCUGAUAUUUAUUCUACUCCACCGUCGACUCAAUGUGGACAAUUUAGCAGCACCAGGUUCGGAUGUCUCAAGGUGAUACCCGGUGUGGGACAAGAGGAGGUAGGGGCUGCUAUUAUGCAAAGGUGAUAUCCAGCAUGCUUUUUCAUGUAUUUUCAGUCAUCAUUUACUGUCAUCCACGCAUGUCCGGCGUGAAUGUUGAAAUUGCUGUGGUUACAAAUUGUUUGGCAUCAUCCGGUUAUGGCCGAGGUGCCAUUCAGCUUCAAAUUAAACACUCGUUGCGACAGGGAAAUGAUGGUGUGGACCCCUUCUUUUCAAGGCACGGAAUUCAAAUCGGAUCAGUCUUCAUUGUGAAAUUUCUGCCCCGCUGUUUUGCAUUUACUGUUAUCCGUAUCCAACUGUGAAAAUUGAAUUGACAACAAUGCGGCCACCUCCUUCAAAUAUCCCGCGUGAUGAUGUCCAUUGUAUCUGUCUAUUUUUACUGACGAGAAAAUUGCA